CCCGGAAGCAAACAUUACGUCAAACAGCGUGAGGAAAACUCACAUGGAAGCCGAGAGUUCUAGCUUCUCUUAUCAUUUAGAGAACAAUUUCGGAUAUUAAGCAUUCUGGGGAAUCUAGAGAAAAUGUCUGCAGCCAAAGUGAAGAUGCGGGAGAAGAAGCUGAGAAAUCAGCCCGCCAGUGUGCAGUAUGCAUCCAGCAGCGCACAGAACGGAGGGGACAGCUCGGUCACUGGUGGAGCGGGUGAUGACGGUCCAUCUACAGGAAAGCCAAAGAACACUCACCAGCGGAGCGGAUGGGUCCGUGGACACCAGAAAGAUGGUGGAGGCUAUGUCAAGGAGAUGCCCAAGUACAUCACUGCUGGAGCUUUUGCCAGGGCCAGGGCAGCAGAGGUGAGCGCCAUGCUGAAAGCUGUUACCAAGACAACGGGCAGCUGCCAUGUGUUUGCAGCCCUGCCCAAGCACAUGAGGAGACGGGCCAUGAGCCACAACACCAAGCGGCUCCCCCGCAGACUUAGAGACGUGGCCAACAGAAUGCGGGAGAAGAGUCUCCUAGCCGGUUCGAAGAAGAAGGAGCAGCCAAAGAGCAAGAGCCGCAAGGCCCGCCGCCGGCACGGGAAUCUGCUGCUGGAGUUUAACCGCCGGCAGAGGAAGAACGUGUGGCUGGAGACUCACAUUUGGCAUGCCAAGCGCUUCCACAUGGUUAAAAAGUGGGGUUACUGCCUCGGGGACAGACCCACAUACAAAUGCUAUCGGCCCUCCUACAGGGCAAUGAGCAGCCACUGCCUCCUGCAGGACCUUUCAUACUACUGCUGCAUAGAGCUGCAGGGAGAGGAACAGAAGCUGCUGGCUUCACUGUCACAGCUGACCAGCAAAGAGGCUGGUCCAACAUUUGCUGCAGCACUGAGCCUAUCAGGGCGAAGACAGGGCAGUGUGGUGGUGUACAAAGCAGGACAGUACCCCUCGCAGCCCCUGGGCCCCGUGACCUUUCUCUGGCGACCUCGUACGCAGGGCUCAACCCACAGGCAGCUUUGGAUAUGGGCUCACCCCACCAUUAAAAAGGACCUUCUUCCUGAGUUACAAGCUGUGUGCCAGUGUUAUGAGGCUGUGCUUCCCCCAGCUGUUCCAGUGGUGACACCAGCUGAGGUUAUUCCAACCCUAGAAACAGAGCCAAAGCCUGAAAAGACCUCUGAUGGCAAACAGGUAACUGGAAUCAAGAGAAAGCGAACCAGUAAUGAUGCCAGUGGACCUCCAGCCAAGAAGAUCCUGGGAGAUGGAACCAGAUCUCCCACCACCCCGGUUACCUGGAGGUCAAGCUCUGCUGGAAUAGUUAUAAAUGAUCUCACAAUGGAGAUUGUACGCUAUCGCCUUAUUGGACCACAAUCCCAUUCUGUUCUGGCAGAAACCUUGGAGGCUGCUACAGACUGUGAUGAAAUAAACAAAUCCCAGCCCUCUUCCCUCUGGUGGCCUGAGCACUGCAAGGAUGAGAGCAAGAUGAAUCUGCAUAAACAACAGGCUGAUCUCUACCAAAUACUCAAAGGCAUCUAUUCUACUGGAGAGCUGCCCUCAGGUGCAGUGCUGGGUCUGACUGUGGAUGACCCCAGGCUCACUUUACCAACAAAGAAGGUUAAAGCUUUGCCCUGUGUAAAGCAGGCACAAGAGGUGGACGAGGAGAAGAGGAGGGAGCUCAUGUUGCGAGGAGUACCUGAACAUUGCUGUCAGAGCUAUCUGUGGGAGCAGUCUGUCCGGGAUAAUGUGACCGAUAACAAGAUAUCAGAGCAGGAGUUGAACCGUAUGAGAAGUGAGGUGCUGGUGCCGGGCUCCAGGCUGAGUCCCACUCCACUGCAGGGCCGAGUCCCGAUCCUGCUGGUUCACCAACCUGGCAAGCAGGCGGGACAUGAGAUGAGCUCCUGGGGUGCUGGAUGGGACCUGCUGCUUCCUAAAGGAUGGGGCAUGGCCUUCUGGGUGCCACUGGUGUACAGAGGAGUUCGCAUUGGAGGGCUGAACAUGAGUCUGAAACAUUCUCAGAAUAAAGGAGCCCCCCACUUCCCCCAUGACUACCCAGACUGCCCCGCAGGCAUUGGUUUCCAGGAGGAGCAGGAGGCAGAGCUGCUGGUUAAGUUCAAAAGGCGUCCGCCCGCCAAAAGGACCAAUUACAUUAAACAUGGCUGUCUGGCACCGUUCCGUUGCCCAUGGCAACAGCUGGCUGAGGAGUGGGAGCUUAUCUGGAGGGAAGCAAAAGAGGAGCCGAAGGGAAACAGCCAGAUCCAAAUCACAACUGAGGCCGGUACAGUCAUGGAGGAGGAGAUGACGUUACAUGGAGAUACGUCUGUAACUACGCCUCAGAGCCACUUCACUGUACUGAGGAACAUAAAGUCGCUGAGGCUGCUUUCUGGUUGGUGCAGACCCACGACAUCUAAAGGUCAAAGGCCGUGCCGUGUUGGACAGGUGCCACCUCUCGACCGUUUAGCUGCAACAUCGUUUCUCACAGCACAUGGGAUGAGUCUGGUGUGGGUGCGUCUGUCGCUUCUGUCCAAGGGCAAACCAGAGCUCCACGCCAUGGUGUGUGUGCCAACAGCAGAGGACCUGCAGCUGCUGAAGAAAGGGCCUGGCAGCAGCGGGCCCCAGGAACCCCAACACAGAGACCACGUUAAGAGCAGAAUUAAACGCAAAAAGAAGGGCUCCAAGAAAGCUGCUGCAUCCUCUGCAAAGAUCAAGGGUAAAGAGUCAGACCUCCCCUCUGCCUCGGAGCCAGACCCUAAAUCCGCCACAUCCGAAGAGCCCAAAUCAUCCUCAGACCUCAUCUUCGGGCUGUGGCCAGAUCCCCUGCCAAGCGUGACCUCUCACUGCUCACGGGUAUCUGUGGGCUGGGUCACUCAGGGAGACUUCUCUCUGUCUGCAGGCUGUGGGGAGGCGCUGGGAUUUGUCAGCGUCGUUGGUCUCCUCAACACCCUCGUCAACCAGCCGAGGGAACACAGAGGAAUGUUUCUGCUGCGCAAUCCCACCUCCCUGCACUACCGCUUCGCUAAAAUCAACAUAGAGAUCUGAUUGGAACAUCUGUGCUCAGAACAUGCGCAAAGCACUGAAUUGUUCUUGGUUAAUGGGGAAAGAUCAUCACGACUCAUAUCCUGCAGGGGCCUGAUAUUAUAUCUCAUUAAAUUGCAUGAUGCCUUGGUCACUACGUGAUCCCUGUGCCUUGAUAACUGCUCCAGUGUUAUAUGCUUUCAUGUACUCUACACUGCUGGUUGAAGAUCUAAUGACAAGCAUGGGGUAGAACCACAAGCUACCUGGUGUGCUGCUGAAUAGACACUUUUUAGUUUGGAACUUUUUGAAAGAGUCCUCAUCAUGGUUUCAGUUGAAAAGGUUGAUUGUUUUCAUAUUUGUUCCUAUAUCAAUGCCAUUGUGCGCCACAAAAGCUUCAGUUUAAUACAGUACUGGAAUGAAAGCUUUGGUUUUUAGUUAUCAACCGGAUUUCCAAAAAGAAUACAUUUCUGGCAUACUAAUGAUACUGAGGGUAUUUAUGUUGGUGGCCUUCAAUGAUUUUUAAAAAAAGGAAAAGUGAAUUAGUUUGAUUUUGAGCGAACUGUCAGUUUCUGUUUAAAUAUGCCACUGCAUUGAAAAGGUUUUGUUUGAACAUUAGUUAAUAAAAUACCCAUGCUGCACUUGA